UUAGAAAAUAUCUCAAUAGGCAAAAGAAAAAAUGAUUUUUUUCAAGUUUUUGUCGGUCAGCGCAAUGGUUGAGGAUUUGUUUGCAUAUUGAAAAGGUGUUCCCAGUUUCCCAGUGUGUAAAAAGUGUUUGCGCCAUGUGCUCCACGUCCGUAUUGUGUCCCUUGUGCGCGGUGCCGAGUUUCAAUAGCAUCGACGCACUGCAGCAGCGCCUGAUCAAGGCGGCCAAUGGACCUUUGGCCUGUCCCUUUCCCAACUGCACCGAGCUCUUCCUGGGUCUGGACAAGCUGACCAUACAUCUGUUUAGUCACACUAGUCUGAUGAGUCAGCCUGACAUAGACCCAUCGCCAGUUACAGCUUCUCCAGCCGUCGCCACUCCCACUGCAUCAGAGGCUGCUUCAACUAUUCUUCCCCCGACUAAUUGCCCCGCUGCAGCUAGUCCGCCUCCAGCUGCGGCAGUUGCUAAGCGACGUGGCAAAAAGUCGCGGGCCAAACCCGUCGAACAACCAACUCCACCGCCUGCCACGCCUCCAGCCAGAUGUGACAUUUGUGAGUUUAAUUUUCGUAAUGAGGAGCUGCGUGACAUUCACUUUCGGCUGGUGCAUGAGAAUGCGGAGAUAACGGAGCCGACGCUGGGACAGCAGCAGGAGCCCUACAAGUGCCACCUGUGCUCUAAGACGUUUCGCAUGAAGGGUUCGUUGCGUGUCCAUCUCAAGGUGUUGCACACGGUCGGCGCUAUUGCCAGUGCCAGCAGCAGCGCCAACAGCGCCAAUCAAAUCAACAAUAACAACAACAGCAACACUAACCAAAACAACAAUACGAGCACCACCAAUGGCCACAUCAUUAAUGCCACGCCCAAAAUAAGCAUUUGCGAUCGCAUUCGGCACAAGGAGGCUUCCUCGAGCAAUGGCAGCAGCGCUGCCACAGCGAACAACACCCAGCCGUAUGCACUGAGUGGUGCCAUCUACAUGCUCAAGCAGGAGUUGCCAGCUGCAACGGAGGCAGCGCCUGGUUCGGAGUACGGCAGCACGCCCAAGAACUGGGAGUGCGAUGUGUGCACCAAAAUGUUCACCACCAAAUAUUUCUUGAAGAAGCACAAGCGUCUGCACACGGGAGAGAUGCCCUACACCUGCCAGUACUGCGCCAGAACCUUCACCUUCCAGCAAUCCUAUCACAAGCAUUUACUCUACCACAGUGAGGUGAAGCCGCACGCUUGCGGCAUUUGCGGACGUGCCUUCAAGGAGCUGUCCACGCUGCACAAUCAUCAGCGCAUCCACAGCGGGGAGAAGCCCUUCAAGUGCGAGGUCUGCGGUAAAUGCUUUCGGCAACGUGUCUCCUUUCUGGUGCACACACGCAUCCAUACUGGAGUCAUGCCCUACAAGUGUGAGCUGUGCCAGAAGACAUUUCGCUACAAGGUCUCGUUGCGAACACACAAAUGUGCCGCCAACGCUGAGGAGCCACAAACACCGGAACAACUGAUCAAGGCGUUGCUGGAGUCCAAUGCGAGUGUGGCCACCGUGCAGGCUGAGCAUACGGCAAGUAAUACGGCCAUUCAAAUGAAUGGCAGCGAUCAGGAGGCGUUGCUCUCGCAAACGAUUGAUGACAUUGUCGUUGAGAGCUGCCAGAAGUUGGGCAUUUGCAGUGUUGAGCUGCCGCAGCAACCACAGCCGGUUGUCAUGGACAGUGGCGUACACUUUGAUGGUAGCAGUUCCCCGCUCCAGCAGUUGCAGAAUUUGCGCCUCUACUCGCCGCAGCAAACAGAGCAAGCCAGCUCGGAUGGUGAGCUCUUCCGUAACUUUCUCAUGGACGCUACGUAAUCGUGUUCCGAAUUCAUUUG